AUGCCUUGCCUUCCACAAAGAGAUGCUCCUAGUUUGCUCUUGCUAGGGAAUCAGGAGUGGGCAGGGCAAACCCCCAGGUAUUUAUUGAUGGCCUCUACCGCACUCAACUCUCUUCCUCAUUCACAGAGCAAUCAAGACCAAUCUUGCUUUGCAUUCACAGUUCACCAUGAUCUCACUCAUCACCCUCAUUCCCAGCGUUUUGGCGCUCUGUGGCGUAUGUCCAAGGCUCACUCCCUUCUUCGUGCAUUUCUGACCAUGACGCAGUUUGUCCACGCCGCUCCCGCAACCCUCGGUCUAGCCCUCGACGAUGUUGAUGAUUUCACCAUUGUUCCCGUCUACUUGGAACUUCCCAUCAAGCCCGACGACCCCAACGGCGCCACGGUGACUGUCGAGGGCACCAUCCAGCAGGCCAUCGCCAAGAUGGACACUGACUACCCCGGCUGGAACCAGACGUUCCAGGCCGGACUGGGUGAUGUUAGUUACGUUAGCGCUUCGCUGGCUGCGCUAGCUGCCCUCGAAGGCCCGACAUAUGACUGCAAGAUCAAGACCGACAUGGCCAACAGCUUGGCCAUCAAGUGGGGCAUCCACUAUCUGCGUGCCAUCCCGGGCAAGGCCAAGAAUGGGCCUGGACCCAAGAACUGCGGGCGUGUUAGCUGCUCGUGGGACUCUGCUAUCUAUUGGUGCAAUGAGGUAUGUUGCCAUGUUUCUCUGCUAUGUGUUAUGAUGUCUGACAGGAGCAAUACUACGCAGGAUUCUUCCGGAGACAAGGAACUUUAUUGGGGCCAGAUUGCCGACCUGGCUCAGGACAUUCUCGACAACUGCGCGGGAUUGACCAAGGUGAAGGGGCAAGGGACAUACAAGGAUGACAAGUGGAGCGUGGUUGUUCGUUUUCCCAAGGGCAGCGAGGGCAAUUGCUAG